AUGUCAAAGGGUGCAACACAUACCGGGCAAUCUGGAUGCUGUAGCGUCUACGUUGCCAAUAUACCCCCUUCCGUUGAUAGUGGGCAGUUGCGAAAGUUUUUUUCACAUGUCGGAACAGUUCUGCACGUAAAGCUUCUUCUUGACAUUGCAACUGGAGUGUCACGCGGUGUGGCUUUCUUGAUGUUUGAAAGUAUUGAUGUGGCAAACAGGGCAGUUCAGUUGAUGAACGGAGCUGUUAUGGACAACAGUGUUUUGCAAGUUCGACUCUCUGAAAAAAGUUCAGUGCACUCAUGUCUGGAUUCACAUGUGAACUCUAAUAUUGUUUACAUACGUAAUGUUCCUCAAGACAUAAGGCCGGAGAUGGUGCAGCGAUACUGUGAAAACUAUUUUGGGCCAGUGGAAAACGUGUCGUUUCAUCCACAGUCGCAUUUUUUUGGAGGACCAUCGCCCUGUAAUAUGGUAUUUGUGCACUUUUCGUCUAUAACUGAUGCGUGCAAGUGUGUGGAGGGAAUGGAUGGAAAGGCUCCUUUUCCGUUUCCAUACCAUCCUCAUCCGUUUACUGUCGCAAAGAUGAUUGAGGAUGUGAAUGUUGAAAAAAGAAAGUCUAUAAUUCUUCGUGAAAGAAGACCGAUACUUUCCACUGGGCAGCUACAGGGUGCAAUCCAAGCACCCGGAACUUCACCACAACUGUCAUACAUUAAUCCAAUAAAUGCAAAACCAGUGUUUUUUGAUACCCCCCCUCAACUUGUUCAACCAACUCUACCAGUUUCUCCGAUAGUAUUGUAUCAAAGUAAUGAAAGUUUUAUCACAGUACUACCCACACAGUUGAUGUCUCCUGAGACGCAUUUUUUGCCCCAACCUUGCGUCUCUAAUGCGUGUGAUGCGAAACAAAUUUUUCUUUUUUCCAUUUAG